CUCCGUCUGCACAUCAUCAUGUCUGCAUCCUUGGCGCCAGAGUGUAACGAAGUAAAGGAGAAAUAUGACAACUGCUUCCUGAAGUGGUAUAGCGAGAAGUUCUUGAGAGGCACAUCGACGAACGAUGAGUGCAAGCCCAUGUUUGACGCGUACGAGAAGUGUCUUUCGAAAGCAUUAUCAGAGCGAGGCAUCGACAAGAUGCUGAACGAAGUCCGGCAAGACAACAAAGAGAACGAUGCUGAGCACAUCAAGCCGAGUCGGUAACAUACAUCAACUUACUUGACGAUCUACCGCUGUACAAUGCCCAUGUCGAAUACCUACUUUGGCGCAAGCCCGAAGCCCGUCACGGCUGCACGAUAGCUUUGCAUACACGUGAAUAUUUCUCCUCAAUCUCAACUAGCUAGUCGAUGAAAAUUUCAAAGCUCAAACUCUCGUUCGUGAACACGAGACCUUUUCACAACUGCCAACACGCC